GGGACAAAAAUAUUUUCUGACCUUUAGUGGCGCGGCCCUUUUGACUGUUAAAAAAUGACUUGAAAUCUACAAAAUGCCGAGGAAAAUUAUGAUGAUCUCCCAGUCCCACAACCUUUCGAGCAUUGUGGGCCGUUUAUCGCUUCGUGACCAAUGAGAGGGCAGAGUUAUAGAUAUUAUGAUAUACGAUAUGCAAUAUGCAUGCGGGUAAUAAGCAAGACAUAAACAAAUAAUAAAAAAAAAAACAGACGGCAGAAGACAUAUGAGCUGUAACCGGCAGCACAAUGCACACUGCACAGGCUUAUAAAUCCGGAAUGAUAUAGCGAUCUAAGACCUUUGAACCUCCGUCUAACUUUUUGCCGAUAAAUUGGUACGAUCUAUAAAACCUUCCCUUGAAGAUGGUUACCGUCCCCGCCAAGCGGUUACACCGCCAAACGGUAAACGAUUCCUCGCCGAUAUAAUAACAAAACGUGGCACUCGUAUUUACGCCCAGGUCUUUCGGUACGUAAAGAAAAUUCGGAUACAGGGGCGACAGGUGAUCGGAGUCUCCCAGUACAGCAACGACAGGUGACAGGGAUCUUCCAGUAGCUGCACUCCUCCUUGGCGAGACCAAAGUGACAGAGACAUAGGCGAGAAAGCUCAGCCAUCCACGGGCCAAGCUUCUGAAGUGUCGUACUUUCAUAUCUACGGUGGUAGUAUCAAUAACGACGCUGCCUGCUACUGACAAACAGGAACGAGUGUCAAUUUACGAUGGAGUAAAAUGCAUUAAAACCACUUUGCAUUUCAUAAGCCAUAGAUAACAUGAAUCGUUAUCUAUGCAUAAGCGUUUAUUAAAGCUGAACUUCAUUCAAUGCUGUCGAACCGUGUUUACGGCCUUUGUUAGGACUGGGCCGUGCACUGUGCAGUCGCUAUAGAGCCAGACCGGGCCGCUCCACGGAGGCCCUCUCCGCCGCAUCUCGGCUGCACCGCUCCUCUCGCCACAGCCUGCCGCCCGUCCGCCGGCCGUGAGCCCGUUCACUAACGACCGCCAGGGGCGGGCGGGUCAUUCACCUGCACGGCGCCCGCGGCGGCGGUGCACGGGCCGCGCCGGCCUCUCCAAGGGACGGGAGAGCAGAGAACGGGCGGUCCGGUCAGCAGCACACCGGCCAUACAGCGGCUGCCUGAUUGGAAGGACCUCCGCUCGAACCACGAUGAACUCAUGACUGAAUCAUUAGUUUUCGUCUCAAACAGAGACAAUUAAUUUCUACUACAAAGCACUAUCCGGCAAGACAUGCAUCGGCAGUUGAAAAGUAUCAUCCGUAAGACCAAGGCGAGGUCGCUCUACGCGAUCAUACUUUUCACUGGCGUCGCUACUUAUUUGGCAGUUUCUUUGGAGAACACAUUCGGGGGGUCGCCAUCAAUACACAGACCGCCAGCGCCGGCCGCCGCUCCCUUUACCAAGGGUCGGUCGUCCGCCGCCCUCUCCAUCAGUCGGUCCGACGCUCUGUUCACCCGGCUGCAGACGGAGCUGGAAUCACUACCCGCCGAGUCCCUCUGCCACAGUCAGCGCGGUCUCGGCGGCCGGUGCUUCAACUGCAUGAUCAACAACGAGACCGUGCUGGGACAGACGGACGGCGUGAAACCCACCUGUCUCGACUGGCUGCACGCCAACUGCUCCGUGCUCUCAUUUGGAAUCAACAACGACUUCAGCUUCGACGACCAGAUGUCUGACCUCGGCUGCACGGUACACGCGUUUGACCCGACCAUGGGUCGCGACAGUUACCGCCGCUCCGAGCGGGUGUUCUUCCACGCGGAGGGCGUGGCCGCCGCCGACGGCCACAGCGGCACGUUUCCCGUGCUCAGCCUGGCCUCUGCCGCGGCACGAGCCGGUCUGGAGACGGGCGUCAUAGACUACCUAAAGCUGGAUGUCGAGGGGAGUGAGUGGGAGGUCCUGUUGACCGCCGGCGCCACGCUGCGGCAGGUUCGUCAGCUGGCGCUCGAGCUGCAUCUCACCCAUCCGUACGGGCAGCUGACAUCCGGAGUGGGGAUACAGCAGUCAGAGGUGGCGCCGCACGUCAGUGCAGAGGGAGCCCGCCGGUUCCUCGAGGCGCUGGGUAAGCUAAGGGACGCCGGGUUCCUGAUGACCCACAGCGUCCACUCUGUGGCGUGCCAGAAGUACGCCGGUGGCUGUCUGCCGUUUAUGUAUGAGACGGUAUGGGUGAACAUCGCGCUUCUACCGACACGGUCUCAGUAGGAGCGGAA